AUGCCACAUGGGCGAAUGAAAUGUUCAGUACUUUCUGAUAAAGGUGGAACUAAUGUUAUGGACAAGAAAAGUCGACAUAGUCGUUUAAUUACACAAGAACAAAUAGUUGGCCGAAAAUUCGUUCGAAAACCUAAA